CACAUGGAAUGUGCCUACUUACUUUCUCCGACCCCUUAUUUAUGGGCAUCCCAGCCUCGCUGCUGAAUCUCAGAGGCUGUGCAGACGCAGCUGUCAGGCUUAGACCCGCUGGCCAGCGUGUACAGUAGUCAACUGCCGAGCUUGGGUGCUCGCCUUUCGGGCACCAUCAGAGGGUCUCAGCAGCAAAGACAAAGUAGUGGAUGAUCCUUUUUAACCUUCUAGAAACUCAACUAACUCGUGUACAUAGUUUUCAAGAAAUGAUCCAGAAAGCAUCACUAUAUCGCCAUCCAUUAGCUAAUCACUUAAUGGAUCCAGAAGUUCAAAAAGAAAGCGGGGAAGACGACGAUGACAGGACAGUGGUUGCAGAGAUCAUGCGGAGAUGUUUUGUUCCAGCGUUUGUAACAACCAUCCCCUGGGAAGGGUUUCAUUUCGCUGGUCAUGAGAUCCGGAUCAAUGAAGCCACGGAUUGUUACGGCGCUGUUGUUUGGCCAUCGGCCCUUGUUCUGUGCUAUUUUCUGGAAACUAAUGUAAAGCAGUAUAACCUGGUUGACAAAAAUGUGAUUGAAAUUGGAGCUGGAACAGGGCUCGUCUCCAUUGUGGCGAGUUUACUUGGCGCACAUGUGACUGCCACAGAUUUACCCGAGUUACUUGGAAACCUGCAGUAUAAUAUUUCCCGAAACACCAAAAUGAAAGCUAAGUAUCUGCCUCAGGUCAAAGAGCUCUCCUGGGGUGUAGCUCUAGACGAGAACUUCCCCAGGGCUUCCACCAACUUUGACUACAUCCUGGCGGCCGACGUCGUCUAUGCUCAUCCAUUUCUCGAGGAACUCCUCAUUACCUUCGACCAUCUGUGCAAAGAAACCACCAUCAUCCUCUGGGUCAUGAAAUUCAGGCUGGAGAAGGAAAAUAAAUUUGUGGAUAGAUUUGAGCAGUUGUUUGACCUGGAGGAGAUUUCUAGUUUCCCUAGCCUGAAUAUUAAGUUGUAUAAAGCGAUGAAGAAAAAUCAGAAGAAUGCAUGUUAUCCUCAAAGGAGGAUGUGGAAAGCGAAGGCAAUUUCUGGUAGAUUAUUGCUCUAACAAAGACCCUAGAUAGUCUGAUGUAGCACUGACUUUUCCAAGGGGAAACACACACACACACACACACACACACACACACACACACACACACGCACGAGCACACGCCUCACCCCAGGCAGGGAUAUUCCCAGAUGUAGCAUGUGGAUCUAGAGAACGGCACAGCCAUUGUGUGCUAAUUGAUUAGGACAAGGCCUGCUUUCCUUAUCUUUCUAUAACACCAUCUUUAAUUAUUAUCAUCUUAAUACAUGGUACAGUCAUUGAAAAAAACCCAAUGAACAAUGGUUUUUAAUAAUGGUGUCUCUAACAUAAGCUUACGUG